CCUCCUCCCAACCCAUAACACAAUUUUCAGGCAGUGGUGCCCAUCAGACCAGACACACAGAGGUACCCCAUCACCUGGUCCAUAUGUAAUAGUGCACACUGUAGCAAAACAUUUGGCAAUAGAAAAUGAAAAUGAGCGCAUCCUGAUGGACAAUUUCAGGUAGUCCCUCCCUAUUUCAGUCUGUUCGGCGGCUAAUGAAUACGGCCCAGAGGGGAAAUGUUUUGAACAUAGCAGAUAGAAAUAGAACGUUUAAAGCUGACACAGUUUCUAUCUGACAGACAAUCAUAUAUCUGUUCUACCUGAUACAUUUCAAUCUGAAGUUGAAGGCAUGCGUCCCCUUGUGUUAUGAGCAGCGGAGGCUGGUGGUGGGAAAAAUCAGAGGACUUGGCUCAUUGUAAUGGCUGUAAUCGAAUGAACGGAAAGGUAUCAACCACAUUCCAUUUGUUUUAUAUCGUUCCAUUCCAGUGACACCAGCCCUCCACUGGUCACUUGGCAGACACACCAAAUAUCGCAGAUUUCGGUCAUACUUAGCAGAAUACAGUAUGUAGUGAGAGAGGCAGGCCUCCACUAGCCAAGCACAACGACGGCACAAAUGUGAGAUAAAUAUGUGACAACCACACAGCUGUCCCUGGUUUCCACAAGGGAAAACUCCGCGUCGCCACCGCAGACGUCAUUAGCUCCAGUUGCCUAGUGCCUAAUGCUCAUCUUGCCAACUAAGAACACCAAGACGGCAAGACCCACCCAGCGUCUAAGGGUAUUGUAGCCAUGCGCGAGAGUCUUCCACACACCAACUGACUAGUUGACACACUAACUGAUACACUAACUGGUUAACUGACACGCUAAAUUACUAACUGACACACUAACUGACACAUUAACUGACCCGGCGAGAGAGGAAGAAAAGAAGAGAGAGAGAGAGAAAGAGAGAGACAAAGAUGCUGAGAACGUGACAAAGAGAGAGUGAGAGAUAGAGGGGAUUCCUGAGUGAGUGAGAGGACUCAGCCAGCCAAAGCAUUUCUUGUUUGAUCAAGCCUUUACCCACCUUUCGACCAAUCAUCCUCUUGAAGCUCGACAUCUUGAACCCAAACCGACAUGGCUUCCCAAACCACACUGGAGCUGCCCUUCCAGCCCGACCUCCAUCUGACCGAGGUGAUGCACCAGCGGAUCCAGUCUCUGCAGCAGCGUGGCAGAAAGCGGCAGGACGGUGAGCGUCUCCUCCGACCCCACGAGGCCGUUUACCACCUAGACUUCUCCCAGCAUGCCUUGCACUUCACCCACUGGGGUGUGUGGCUGGCACAUCCGGGCCACCUCACUGUGAUUGCCACCUCGCAGCUCUGGACGCCCGACCCCACCCACCUGAUGAACCGCCAGCUGCUGGACCCGGCGGGGGUGUUCUGGCGAGCCGAGGGUGAUGACGACGACACGCCUGUGCACCACUACGAGGCCGACGCCCAGGAGUUUGGCGAGCGGAUCGCUGAAUUAGAAAAGGUGAGGAAGACAAUGUACUUCCUGCUGGCAUUUGAGGAGGGUGUUGGUCCCGACGUCUUUGAAGUGAAGACUGCAGGAGGAAAUGGCGGCAGGAGGGCAAGGUACUAGGCGGCCAUUUUGGAAAUGUUUACUUUAAUCAUCUGGCAUUAUGAGCAAGUGCUUUCUUUUUUUGUCUUUCAUCAUGUUUUUCCGUUACCACCCUUCCUUGUCGGAGCACAAUUUUGUUUUUUGUUUCAAACUUCACACUGUCAUUUUCUACAUACAGUAUAAUAUUUCUCCUUAAUUAGGAAGUAAAGUUCAGGUUAGGACAGGGGUCACAAAUUGUUGGCCUGCGAAACAAAUGGCCGAUUUAAUGUGGCCUGCAGUAGUUGGUACUUGCAACCACAGGGGAAAGGACACACAAACCGAGCGACCAGAGGGACCACAACCCCUCACGUCCUCUGGGGUGGAAGAAGGAUAACACCUCAACACCACCACUCCCUUGUCUCAAUUGCUUCCUUCCUUCAACUCUCAUCCAUCUCUUUUUCUUCCUGUCUUCCGUUUUAACAUGGUACGACCGGCAUAAAAACAUAACAGAACCUUGUUUUGGAUUGCAAUAUGUCCUUUUCUACUGUCUACUUUAGGUAGGUUUUCCGUAGGAAUUCAGGUACUUGUAUCUGAUCAAAACAACAGAGCAUUUUGAUGUCUGAUGUUGACAUUACUAUGAAGGAUACAGCAUUUAGAGCCAUACUGUAGCGUCAGUCGAGUCUAAAGAUGUGAUUAUUCAUUACUUGUAAUGUUUGUUUGAUACCAUAAAAUGACUAAAGCAACUAAUUAGAGAAUGACUACGUGUAGGUCAUUUAUGUGCUGUUGAAAUGGAUUACUGAUCUGAAGAAAUCUUAACAAAAGACAAAAAGAU